UUUAACAAAACAAUAACGCAAAUUGUUGCAUUUGUUUAUUGAUUUUUGUGUAAUUACGCAACUCUUAAAAAAUUUUUUAUUGCUUAUAGAAGCAUUUGUUUUAGUCUUGUUAGUGUAUCUGAAUCAGUUACACAUUUUAGCCUCUAAGGGUCGCUAUUGCAUGGGAAAUGAAUGUGAUAGUUACGUGAUGCAGUGCGGCUCCUUUCUCUGUCACUGCCAUUUAUAGACGAGAGCUUCGCGUGAACAACAACUGAGCGAAAAUAACGCUCAUCUGAAUGCUUAUUGCCCCUAACUGUCAAGUUAUUUGGGUCGUGUUACUUCAAUAGUUUUCACAUGGAGUCUAAAGAGGAUCAUUGCAGUGGAAGAGGAAGAUGGCGAUGUUUUUGGCGACGGGCGGCCUGCCUCUUUGUCUUUUUGUGUUUUUUCCUAAAUGGAACGGAGGCACAGAUCCGCUAUUCAAUCCCAGAGGAGAUGAAAAAAGGCUCGCUUGUCGGCAAUGUGGCCCAAGAUCUCGGUUUGGAUCUAAAAAGACUCCGUUCUGGGCGUGCCCGCAUCGUGACGGGGGAGAACGUCCAGUACACGGAGCUGAGGACGGACAAAGGGCUUCUGGUCGUCCAUGAGAGGAUAGAUCGAGAGCAGCUUUGUGGAGACGUGACGCCGUGCAGCUUCACCUUUGAGAUUUUAUUGGAAAACCCCAUGGAAUUACACCCUGUGACCAUCGAAGUCAUCCGCAUACUAAUCCAGGACCAGAACGACAACGCUCCCCAAGUCCUGUACCCGGUCCAGACUGGCGGCUCGGUGCUGGCUGAAAUGGUGCCUCGUUCAGCAGAUGUGGGCUAUCUGGUGACUAAAGUGGUGGCUGUUGAUGUGGACUCUGGACAGAACGCCUGGCUCUCCUAUAAAGUGCACAAAGCCACAGACAGGGCGCUGUUUGAAGUGGGCCUACACAAUGGAGAAAUAAGAACUGUCCGCCAAGUCACUGAUAAAGAUGCCGUCAAACAAAGACUGAGUGUUCUAGUGGAGGACAACGGGCAGCCCUCUCGUUCAGCUACAGUCAUUGUUAACGUGGCGGUGGCGGACAGCUUCCCUGAAGUGCUGUCAGAGUUCACUGACUUUAGCAUGCACGACAAGGAGUACAAUGACAAGCUGACUUUUUACUUAGUCUUGGCUUUGGCUGUGGUCUCCUUCCUCUUCAUCACCUGCUUGCUGCUCAUCAUAUCAGUCAAAGUGUACAGGUGGAGACAGUCUCGCGUCCUGUACCACUCCAACCUCCCUGUCAUUCCAUAUUAUCCACCACGUUACUCAGACACUUUGGGGACAGGGACUCUCCAACACGUGUACAAUUACGAGGUGUGCAGGACCACCGACUCCAGAAAAAGUGACAUGAAGAAUAUGCAAGACAUGAGUCAAACUUUAGUGAGUGUGGAAGGGGCUGAAGCUGAAACACCACAUGUGACCAAGCAGAUGUCAGGAAACUUUUCACAAAUGUCAACUUUGAUUGUGUGUUCAGUGUUUGACAUGCUCAAUAAGAAAAAUAUAGUUGCCCAGUCAGACCUUUUUGGAACGGCACCAAACAGUCGCCUAUGGAGCCAUGCUUAG